AUGCAGAAAGAUUCCAUCAAGUUAAGGGAACUCAGCUCAGACCUCCGGAAUAGGGCACAUCACCUUGUGAAACCUGAUACUAGAAGUUACAAGAGAUCGAGACAGUUGGAGUCUCAAAUGCCAAAUAGUCCACAACUGUCAUCUCAUGAAAAAUCAGAUUCAUCUUUCUCUGAGAGUUCUGGACUAUUUUGUAAAGAUGAAACCCUGGAGAAAGAUUUGAAUUAUAUCAGCAAGGUUAACCUAUUGUUGUCUACAUAUGCAAAGAUCUUAAGUGAGAAAAUGGCAGUAGAUGCAUCUUACACUGAUGAGAUAGAUGAACUCUUCAAAGAAACCAAUACUAUUAAAAACUUUCUAAUACAAAGGAGGGAGUUCCUGAGAGAGAGGUUUAUCAUGAUUGCAAACACAUUGCAGUUAAAUUUGUGUAUUUAA